ACAAUCAUUCAAAAUCUCUGUAUCUCUUCAUUUCUUUUUCUGAAACCUUUUCUUUCCUACACUCACUUCACUCCCCCUUUCUUUCUCCAAACUCUAAAUUUCGGAGAAAAUUUUCAGUAAAAAAAUAACCAUGGCUUCCAAGGCAGAGAAAAACCCAGCAGCAGCAGAAAAAGAAGAGGGCAAAAUCCCAGUGUUGACGGUGCUGAAGAACAACGCGAUCCUCAAGAACAUCUUCAUCGUCAACAAGCCCCCAGAACAUUCGGCUCGAGAUCACGAGGAUAUUUUCCUCGUCGGUCGACACCCCGAUUGCGACCUCAUGCUCACCCACCCCAGCAUCAGCAGAUUCCACCUCCAGAUUUGCUCCAAACCCUCUUCGCAAACCCUUUACGUCAUAGAUUUAUCUUCCGUGCACGGGACAUGGGUGUCCGGGAGGAAGAUCGAGCCCGGAGUGAGUGUGGAGAUGAAGGAAGGAGACAUGCUACGGAUCGGGGUUUCCAGCAGGGUUUAUCGUUUGCAUUGGAUUUCGAUUAGCCGUGCCUAUGAUUUGGAAAACCCCUUUGUGUCCGAGCUGUAUGUGGUUCUAGAAGAAGAUGAAGAACAAGAACAAGAAGUCGAAGAGAAAGUGCAGAACUUGAAUUGUUGUCCAGUUGAUAUGGAAGAAAUUCAGUCAAUGGAUUCAAUUCUUGAGUGUAUCAAUUCUUUAUUCCUUGAUGAGAAUUUGGAACUAACUGUGAAAAAGGAGAUUCUGUCAGCACAUCUGAUACCGGAAGACAUCAUUUCUUUAUAUUGUGAGGAAGAGAGGAAGAGCCCAUCAAAAGAUGAAACAUUUGGAGUGUCAAGUGAACCUUUUGGAACUGGAACGUCAUAUUCACCCACAAUCUCUAAUGGUGAAAACAAACUGUGCGACUCACUAAACCAUGUUCUAUCACCACCUUAUGUGGAAUCAGUUGCUGAAAGUAACAACCAAGGGCAGUCACUCGUUGAAGCAGUUCAAGAUAUUGGAAAUACUGGUAGCAUCUGUCCCAUAUCACUUCAGAUAGAGUCAGAAAAUUCGCCAAUGAUUCAGGAAGCUGUUUUGAAUGUUACGAAAGAGAACCAGACCUUGCAAUUGGAUAUGGAAAUUCUUGAAAGCUGCAUAGAAGCAUUGGAGAACAAUUCAUCAAUUUGUAAUAUUUGGUCAAGAAGAGGUAAAGCUACUAGUGCUCCAAUGGUUCAAACCAGCAAGAGUAUACUCAAGAGCACAGCUAAUGCUGAUGCCGAAUUUGCAAUGAAUAAUGAGAAGGAUAUCAUAAAUAAAACAAUCUCAAAGGAUCUUUUCUCUGUUCUGGAUGGGGAAGAAGAAGAAAUUUUCACUCCAGAUAAAGAAAACUUCAGCCCAAAUACCCUUCAAUUGCGGUUUAUGAAAAAUAAGAGGGGUAACUUAGAAGAAAUUAAACAUUUCAAGUCACGAAGGUCACACAACUCAAAGGAUAAUCUUAAUCUUGGCAUCUAUCCAGAUGAAAGCAUAAGCUUCACUUUAAGCAAAGAGAACCAGAAGGAUAUCAUAAAUAAAACAAUCUCAAAGGAUCUUUUCACUGAUUUGAAUGGGGAAGAAGAAGAAGAAAUAUUCACUCCAGAUAAGGAAAACUUCAGCCCAAAUGCCCUUCAAUUGCGGCUUAUGAAAAAGAAGGGUAAGACAGAAGAAAUUGAAUGUUCGAAGUGUUAUUCGUCACAAAAUUUAAAGGAUAAUUUCGGCUCCAGCAUCUAUCCUGAUGAAAACAUAAGCCUCACAUUAAGCAAAGAGAACCAGAAGGAUAUCAUAAAUAAAACAAUCUCAAAGGAUCUUUUCUCUGUUUUGGAUGGGGAAGAAGAAGAAAUCUUCACUCCAGAUAAGGAAAACUUCAGCCCAAUUACUCUUCAAUUGUGGCUUCUCAAAAAGAAUGGUAAGGAAGAAGAAAUUGAAGGUUCCAAGUCUCAAUGGUCACAAAAUUCAAAGGAUAAUUUUGGCCCCAAUCCAGGUGAAAGCAUAAGCUUCACUUUAAGCAAAGAGAACCAGAAGGAUAUCAUAAAUAAAACAAUCUCAAAGGAUCUUUUCACUGAUUUGAAUGGGGAAGAAGAAGAAGAAAUAUUCACUCCAGAUAAGGAAAACUUCAGCCCAAAUGCCCUUCAAUUGCGGCUUAUGAAAAAGAAGGGUAAGACAGAAGAAAUUGAAUGUUCGAAGUGUUAUUCGUCACAAAAUUUAAAGGAUAAUUUCGGCUCCAGCAUCUAUCCUGAUGAAAACAUAAGCCUCACAUUAAGCAAAGAGAACCAGAAGGAUAUCAUAAAUAAAACAAUCUCAAAGGAUCUUUUCUCUGUUUUGGAUGGGGAAGAAGAAGAAAUCUUCACUCCAGAUAAGGAAAACUUCAGCCCAAUUACUCUUCAAUUGUGGCUUCUCAAAAAGAAUGGUAAGGAAGAAGAAAUUGAAGGUUCCAAGUCUCAAUGGUCACAAAAUUCAAAGGAUAAUUUUGGCCCCAAUCCAGGUGAAAGCAUAAGCCCCACCUCAAAGAAAGAGAACCAGACUCCAAAAGUAGCCCUAGAUCAGAAGUUACGAAGAAAGCCUUUUGGCAGUCAUAUCAAGUUGGCACGGGAACAAGAUGUUAUGGCAUUGAAGAAUAGAAGAGAAAGGGUACCCUUCCAAUCACUAAAGAACUCAGGAGGCAAGAGAAGAUCAGGCACUUCUUGUCCUGUUUCUGCUGCAAAAAGUAUUGAUGUCACUAAUUGUGGACAAAUUUUAGACAAGCCUAUUAACCGUUCUGAUAUCAAGGAGGUGCAAAAUAAGAGCUGGGACAUGGUUGUGGAUACUGCUUCUCUUAUGAACAAGGAAUCAAGGAAAGCUCUGCAACUUUUACAAGGUCUCAAGAGAACUCGAUUAAUCGUUCCAAGAUUGGUCAUAAGGGAACUGGAGAGUAUGAAGCGACAGUUCACAUUUUUUAGAAGAAUUUCAGAGGCUUCUUUGGCGUUGGAAUGGAUUGAAGAAUGUAUGGUGAAGACAAACCGGUGGAUUCAUAUCCAGAGCUCAGUGGAGGAAGGAAGCCUGGUUGCUCCAACUCCACCUGCUUCUCCUCAGUUUCAAUUCAGUGAAGAUAGUUGGAAUUAUCUUGGUAGGAUUGAAAACUCGCAGCCUCUUUCACCCCACAAUUGCUCCAUAGAAAUUGCUUCACCAAGAGUAGAAGAUCACAUCCUUGACUUUGCUCUUCUAUAUAGAAGAAAGCAAAAUGAUGGACAACUUGUCCUGCUUAGCGAGGAUGUCACUUUGAAAAUCAAAUGCAUGGCAGAGGGAUUGCUAUGUGAGCCAGUGCAAGAAUUUCGUGAGAGUCUAGUGAAUCCAUUCUCAGGGAGGUUCUUGUGGAAUGAUAGUUCUCCUCGAGGACAGACUUGGUCUUGCCAGAACGACGUAGUUUUAAGGGAAAAAUAUUGUCGUUUGCCUUUGAGGAAGUCAUCAAAGGGUGUUGCAAGCGGUUUAAAGCUCAUUCUGCUUCACAAUUCUCAAUAUGGGCACUGAGCCACUCAGAGAGUUCAGUUGAGUUUGCUCAACAAUUUUGUUUUAGCCUGUAUUCUCAAUUUUUGCAUAAAACUGUCUCUAGCAAACAUUAACUAUAAAAUGCAUUUAAUCCACAGCU